AUGGUGAGUCAAAUUGAAGCUCCUCCCACUGGUCGAUGUUCCCUUGAGGCUAUAUCGGGUUCCUCUCCACUUGGAUUGAUGAAAAACUUUUCGAAUCAGAUGGGGAAAGAAGUUGUUCCUAGAUAUGAUACCAAUGGUGGUGAGAUAGGUUUAGCUUCAAGGUCAUGUUCAGUUUUGGAGUCUUCCUUAUCUUGUGCUCUCGAUCGAUCAGAUCAGAAUGUUGGUGAGUCUCAUGCCUUGGAAGACGGUGUCAGUAGUGGGGCAAUAGGUGAUUCUAAUUGGUUGCAGGGAGAGGGUGAUGAAGAUUUUGAUCCUGUGGACUUUCAAAUUCAAAGUGAUGCUAUGGAGUUUCAAGUUCAAAGUGGUGAUGACGAUGCAUUGGCUUUACCCCCAGACUCUCCCCUUAGAGUUGGAGACCCAAAUUUUGAAGGCCUUAAGCGUAUUAUUCUCAAGAUGAUGCUUUUCUAUAGUAAACAAAGCAAGUCGAUUCGAGGGGCUAAUGUGAUCUAUAGGCGUGUCCUCUCACAAUUUGAUAAACCUGCUAUAUAUGAAGUGUUUAACCUGGAGAAGACCUUACAGACCACGUUUUCUCUGCUUGUACUUCAUAUGUGGCUCUCUUUACGUCGAUUGAAAGCCGAAGGAAAAGAGGGUGUUGAAUUAGGACAAUAUGUGUACGAGAUUUACAAUCAUGAUGUUGAGCUCAGAGUAUCUAAAGCUGGGGUUAACUUACUUCUGACGAAAUGGAUGAAAGAAUUGGAGAAGAUUUUCUAUGGAAAUAUUGUUGCUUAUGAUGCUGCCUUGCUGCCGGAGGCUACACGAGUCGAGCUAACAGAGGUUAUAUGGAGGAAUAUCUUUUCUGAUGAUGGUACAUCCAAGCCGGAUGCUGCUGCGUUACGUACGGUGCAGGCAAUGGAAAGGUAUGUCCGUCGUGAAGUUAGUUGCCUCUCAUUAACUGAUAAAGAAGCUAUGUUUUCUGGGAACAUCAUGUUCACCCCAUUGUAGAAUAGCUCACCUGAUCUAAGGAAAAGGUAGAAAGAUGGACGAAGCUGAUGUGCUAAUUUGAGUUUCCCAGAGUUGCUUCUUGGG